AUGGAUAAUAAAGAAUCUUUGUUUUAUAACGGUGUAAUUGAUCCAUAUGUAGUUAACUACAUUUGGUUAUAUGGGAAAAAGGAAAAUUCAAUGGAAAAAAAUAAUGAAAAUAAAAUUGAAUUAAAUAAUGAGAAUAAUAAAAACGAUAAUAUAAAAGAUAAAAGUUACAUAGACAAAAAAAUGAAUCAAAUACAUAAAUUAAAUAAUAAUGAAAAAAGAGAAGAUAUACUAUAUUAA